AUGUUCAUAUAUCGCAAAAUUCAUAAAAAUCAGAAACUUACAAGAUACCUAGUCCAUAGUUUAUCAAGAGCAAAACUGGGACAUGAAAAUACUUUAUCAUUGAUUAUAGCUAUUUUAUCCCAAUUUAAGCCCGCAUUUAUCAUUCAAACAUAUUCCAAUAUUUAUCGGAUAUCUAAUAACAGGUCUGCACCUAAUUAUUUGUCGAAAUGUGGGGUGAAUUUACCAUUUUCUUCACGCUUUAGUGCGGGAGUAAAAGCUUACUCAUGA